CCGUCGAGUUCCCGGACGUGCUGUCGACGGUGGUCUCGCUGCUUUGGUCGCCCCUCGUCGCCCCGCACGUCGCCCGCUCCCUCCAACCACCUCCUCAUCGCCACCAAAAUCCAGACCCGAUUCCAUUGAAGCGGCAGUUGUUCCCACUGGACCUCCCCCUGGCCAAACGUCCGCGCCAGGAUUUUGCCCUUCGACCCCCCCACUCUGACUCGGGUGACCGGAUGUUUCAGUUUCGCCCCAACUCGCUCACCGAUGAAGCCAAGUUUGCCAUCGGCCGCGUGGGGGAAGCACACGUGUACGACCUCCUCCGGACAGAGUACCCCCCCGAAUCGGUAGAAUGGAUCAAUGAGGUCGAGGAGACGGGUCGUCCGUACGACAUUUGCAUCCACCACCAGAGUGGAGGCACCGAGUUUAUCGAAGUCAAGAGCACGUCGACAUAUGACAAGCGCGUGUUUGAAAUGAGCGUUCAAGAACUCGAGUGCGCGACGCAAAAGGGCUCCCAGUACAGCAUCUACCGCGCGUUUGCGAUCCGACCCCACGGCGCCCUACCCGACAGUCGCGUCAUCCGCCUCCGCAACCCCAUCACACUCCUACGCCACAAAAAGCUCGCGCUCUCGGUGCUUAUGACUGACGAACGGCAUCUGUCGGCGAUUCUGCCAAGUAUGGACUAA